UAAUAUCUUUUGUAUUUGUUAAAGUGUAUUGCAAGGAGCGUUGUAAGUAUAGAACUGAUAAAUAAUACAUUCAAAUUUACCACGAAACGAUGACGUAACUUGAUAACAAUUCUGAUUGGUCGUUCGACUGUCACGUGAUUACAUCUUGCGCAUAGGCAUACCCUUGUCUUUAUAUCAUGGAUAUCCCUACCCCCGUGUGUCUUAUUAUUAGUAACAUAUAUGCUGACAAUCGUUGAAUAAUCACUCAAACAGUUGGCUGUAUGCUGAAGGAAUAGAUGGACAGGCUGAUCGACUGAUUUUCAGUUCGCCCGUUGUCGACAAGGGCCUUGAAUUAAAUUUAUUUCAACAUAUUUGCGACAUGCGGAAGACACAUUCAUCCAUUGUUUUCUCUUUAAUCGUGGUGUUCUCUACUUGUUGUUUGGCUGUUAAUCAGACUUUUGUGAAUACAAUGAAAACAAAACUUAAAAUACUUGGUGUCUUCGGUCAUCCUGGCAAGAGUCAUUUUGACGUGUUCAAGCCGCUUCUGGAGGAACUAGCUCGAAGAGGUCACGAGGUCACUGUGAUCUCGUAUUUUCCUAGGACCGAUAAUGCCAAAGUGAAAGAGCUGCUACCCAAUUAUAAAGACAUUAGUCUGGUGAUUCCUAAAGACGGUAUCUUUGUAAACGUUGUAGAUCUUCAACAGAUCAAUCACGGAUGGUUUCGUCCCAUGCUGGAUCUUUACAUGUUGAGGAUCAUGGCAGAUUACUCAUGCAGUACCGGUCUGCGAAGUUCGAGUGUCAAAAAGUUCCUUCAAUCCGACGAAAAAUUUGACUUAAUUCUCACGGAAAAUUUCAAUACCGAUUGUUUUUUGGGUUUUAUUCAUCGCUUUGAGGCGCCAUAUAUGGCCUUAUCAUCGCAUCAAAUCAUGCCGUGGACCAACAGUGACAUGGCUAAUACUGAUAAUCCUAGUUACAUCCCGAUUAUAAUACUUGGAUUAACUAAACCGUUAGAUUUCUUCAGUCGAAUAAAAAAUGCAAUAUGGCUGUUAUUGUCUAAAGCGAUUUAUGAAUAUUACUUCCGAUCUGUCGAUCAAGUUGUCGCCAACGAAGUCUUCGGUCCGGAUCUUCCCAAAUUGAAAGAAAUUGCCUUGCAAUCGCAAGCGUUAUUGGUGAAUACCCACAGUAGCAUUCAUGGCAGCAGGCCACAGCUACCGAAUGUGAUAGAAAUUGGUGGACUUCACAUUCCAUCCAGAGUCAAUCCGCUACCGAAGGACAUAGCUGAAUUUCUUGACAGCGCCCAUGAGGGAGUACUCUAUUUCAGUUUAGGCUCCAUGAUCAAGAUGUCGUCGAUACCACAGGAGAAGUUGGAUGCUAUAUUAAAGGUGAUUGGCUCCAUACCGCGGAAAGUGAUUUGGAAAUGGGAGGCUGACGAACUACCGCGCAAGCUGGACAACGUUAUGGUCAGAAAGUGGCUGCCUCAGUUCGACGUAAUGAACCAUCGAAAUGUUAAAUGUUACUUGGGUCAUGGCGGACUUCUCGGUCUUUCGGAGAGUGUUUACGUAGGUCUACCAAUGAUCUUAGUGCCGAUGUACGGUGAUCAGUUUCACAAUUCUGCUGCUGCAGAGUCCAGAGGUGCCGCGGUGGUGGUUGCAUACGACGAUUUAAUCGAAGAAACGUUAAGAAGUGCUCUGGACAAAGUUUUUAAUGAUACCAGUUACCAUGAGAAUGCCCAACGGCUUUCGAAAGCUUACCGUGAUCGACCUGCCACGCCGAUGGAGACGGCGAUAUGGUGGACGGAAUACAUCGCCCGGGGCAAUGGCAGAUUUUACUUCCGUAGCGACAGCACGGGUUUAUCCUGGUACCAGCGUCAUCUUGUCGAUAUAACACUUGUUUUGAUUAUCGUCUCCAUGAUGUUCAUAUACAUCCUCUUCCGAUUGAUCAAACUGCUAUCGUCGUUGCUCAGAUUCUUCAAAAGAACAUCUAGAAGUCAGGUCGGGGAGAAGAGAAAGUUGAAGAAGGACAACUGAUUAUGUUGUAUCGUCUUAUUGUGUCGAUAAGAAAGCGAUUUUCGAGAUAAAAAAAAAAGAAGAGAACGUGGUCUUUCACAUUAAAUUACGGGCGAAUUUUUAACAAUGGAGACGGAAUGAUAUUCAAAUUUCGAAUAGAAAUAAAUCGGUUAAUGCGAAAAAUCCGUUUAGUAGAAAAUUUGUUGGAGGAAAUAAACUCUUGCGAUCGUUUGUCAUUAGCUCUAGUA